AGCAGAAAGCACUUGGUACUCCACCGUAUGGGACUGUCUGCUGCUUCCCUUGAAGCUUCAUCUUUCAGUUCACUCCCUAAAAUCAUUAGGUUUUCUUUUCUCUUGUUUCUUUAUUCACUCUUCACACUCCCCUUUCCUUGUUGUUGAGAUUAGGCUUUGUGUGUGUUUGGGUUGAGGGGGUUGUGUUCAUCUUGAGGAGGGACCAUGCAGCAUCCUGGAGGAACAUGUGUGGCGUUACCCAAUGUGGAUGCCUGUCCUCAGCUGUCCUGCGCCGCCCUCACCUUUAUGUAUUUACAGCAGGGUAACCAGGACACACCAACUCCCCCAGAUCCAUCCAUGGCCCAGACGUACCCAUCAGCCCAGUUUACCCCCACUCCCCAGAAUGGCAUUACCCCUGAAUUCACAGCUUCGCAUCCUCACCCACAUCCACAUUCACACCAGCACCCAGUACCUCAAGACUACUCUGGAGUUCAGGCCUCUGUCAGCGACCAUCCACUUAAUAUAUACCAGUCUACACAGAGCCACAGUGACCAGAAUGGACCAGACAUCAUCCGUCAAACAGUUACCGGCACCGCCACACAGACAGACGAUCCUGCGCAGACAGAUAGUCAUCCACCGACGCAAACUGUACCUGAGAGCCCAGACAGCAAGGUCCAACCCAAAAGACUACAUGUCUCAAACAUUCCCUUCAGGUUCAGAGACCCAGACCUCAGGCAAAUGUUUGGCCAAUUUGGCAAAAUCUUAGAUGUGGAAAUCAUCUUCAACGAACGUGGUUCUAAGGGUUUUGGAUUCGUAACGUUCGAGCAUAGUAUGGAAGCUGACAGGGCCAGGGAGAAAUUACACGGCACUGUGGUGGAAGGUCGUAAGAUAGAGGUCAACAAUGCAACAGCACGAGUAAUGACCAAUAAGAAGACAGUCAACCCAUAUGCAAAUGGCUGGAAGUUGAAUCCAGUAGUCAGUGCUGUCUACAGCCCAGAAUUCUAUGCAGUGCCAGGUUUUCCCUACCCAGCAGCAAGUGCAGCAGCAGCAGCAGCAUACAGAGGAACCCACCUACGAGGUCGAGGACGAACAAUCUACAACACAUUCAGGGCGGCCGCACCACCUCCUCACAUUCCAGCUUAUGGAGGUGUUGUUUACCAGGAUGGAUUUUAUGGUGCAGAUAUUUAUGGUGGUUACGCUGCCUACAGAUUUGCCCAGCCUACUGCUGCCACAGCAGCUGCAUACAGUGACAGUUAUGGACGAGUAUAUGCUGCCGAUCCCUACAACCACACUCUCACCCCAGCAGCCACAUACAGCGUUGGUGCCAUGAAUGCAUUCACCCCUCUGACAGAUGCCAAAACACGGAGCCAUGUUGACGACGUCGGGCUUGUGCUAUCCUCCCUCCAGGCUAGUAUAUACCGGGGAGGCUACAGCCGCUUUGCUCCCUAUUAGCAACACUCCCCAAGAGAAACAAAACCUUCCAACUGGACAAGAAGAAAGCGAGUGUGAGUGUAUGCGCUUAUGGGUGUGCGUGAACGAAUGAGUGCGGAUGUGAGGGAGUAAUUGCCGAGGCCUGGGUAUUGCAAUACUUGCAAUUAAAGCAUCAUUUCAGCAUCUCCUAAGAGAGAGAAAAAUACAGUAUAGAGGACUAAAAUGACAGCUGAUAUUUUUCAUCUUAUACCUCAGAUAUUUUGUGCUGUGUAUUUUGAUAUUGUGGGGUUUUAAUUUCUGAAGAUUUACACAUAGUUUUCAGCAGUAGGAAUAUUGUCCAUGUUACUAAUAAAGUAAAUGUGAGAGUUAAAAAUUAGGACACAGGACAUAUUUAUCUGAUUCAUAUUAUUGUACUGUACAUACUAUUACACCGACUCUGUAUGAUAGAUAUUUUGUUAAUAUUUUUAAAUCACUCUUGCCAAUGAAAAGCAUGUAUCUCAAAAGCUUGAGACUUGUUUAUAUUCCUAAGACGAUACAAAUGUUUUUUUUGUUUUGUUUGCUUGUUCCUAUGUUUCAGGACAAGUGUGUGCGUGUGUGUUAUUACAAGAAUUUAGAGAUUCAUGCUUUUCAUGGCUUAGCAUUGUUCUGUUUUUUUAAGUGGUGUAGAGGGACUGCUUCUUCUCUCUUUAAUAUUUGCACUCGCUAAUUCUUACGGAUGCAUUUUUUUUUUCGGUUUGGGAUUUUGAGAACAUUGCCAUUAAAAAAACGAUCAAUUUGGGGGAAUAUUAAAGAGCAGGACAGUCCAAUUUAGGGGUGUCCAAACUUUUUUUUCUCCGAGGGCUGCGUCCAGAAAAAUGUUUUUAUAUGUAUUUAUUUUUUUAAGUGUUAUCUCAUUGGCUGCCGUUGACAUUCAGUCAUUGAAUGUCUACUGCCGUCAAUGGCAGUGAAGCAUGAUCACUCGAUGCCAUCCCUCCCAGUUGAAAUGGACUUGAUGUUGAGAACUGUCUGUGACAGUGAAGUUAAGAGCUGCAAGCAGCAAAAUAAUCUAGCAAAUGACACAAACUGCAGAACAAAGUCAAAAUGUCCAACAACAGUAAAACUAAGCUCAGUUUGUCACAUUGGGAUAUUUUUUUUAUAUGUUUAGUCUUAUAAAACAAAAUACUGAAAUCCUACACGGUUUCCUACUCUGAUUUUUUUCUGAUUUGCUGGUUUUGACUCCUGAGCUAAUGGAAAGGCACUGUUUAAGUGACUAGUGCCAUCUAGUGUUAAAACUGAGAAGCGCAACAGAAUGUAGUCUGAAUUUAAGCUUCUUGUGCUGGCCAUAGUCAAUGAUAUUUUUCAGUAAUUAAAAGCAACACUAGGUAACUUUUCAACCUUUCAUAAAAUAUUUUCAUAACAUUAGUCAUAGUAUGUCGACUGACAGCUACCGUAAUUUUCGUACUAUAAUGCGCACCUGACUAUUAGCCGCCACCCACCAAAUUUGACAUGAAAAUGGCAUUUGUUAAUAGAUAAGCCGCACUGGAAUAUAACACGUAGCUGUCUUCACUGUAUCAUCAGAUAUUUACUCCAUAAGAUAUUAACCGGUAACAUUAUAUUUGACAGUGGCAUCAUAAGUCUGUUAUAAGACCAAAUGAACCCCAUGAAGCUUUGAUCCAAUUGGCUGCAAAGCUUCAUUGCUUUAAGAAGCUUCAUUUGACCAUUACUGCUCCCUUGGGGUAGACAGUCAACCUCUGCUGCCACCUGCUGUCAACACUGUUGUCGUCCAACAAGCCUCCUAGCAUGCAUUGCAGAGCUACAGAUGUAAAUUACAAUCAAAAAUUAUGUUCCAUGCUAAUUAUUUCAUCAGUUACUGUUAGGGUUGUUCCGAUCAUGUUCUUUUACUCCAGAUCCGAUCCCGAUCGUUUUAAUUUGAGUAUCUGCCGAUCCCGAUAUUUCCCGAUUCGAUUGCUUUUUUUUUGCUCCCGAUUCAAUUCCAAUCAUUCCCGAUAAUUUUUCCCGAUCAUAUACAUUAUGGCAAUGCAUUAAGAAAAAAAACGAAUAAAACUCGGACGAAUAUAUACAUUCAACAUACAGUACAUAAGUAUUGUAUUUGUUUAUUACGACAAUAAAUCCUCAAGAUGGCAUUUACAUUAUUAACAUUCUUUCUGUGAGAGGGAUGCACGGAUAGAAAGACGUGUGACUUUGUAUAUUGUGACUAAAUAUUGCCAUCUAGUGUAUUUGUUGAGCUUUCAGGAAGUUAUAGUGUAGCCAUGCCCAACUGCAUGAUGGGAAGUGGAACCAUGACUGUGCGUAGUGCUACCAAUUGAUAUAUCUUCUCUGCAUUGGGAAAUAACAUAAGGGAUUAAGAUAAAGAUCAAUUGCUACCUUUCUUCCCCACAUUGCUUCCCAUGAUAUUUCUAAUCGUAGGGAGAGGGAUUGUAAGGCUUUAGCCAAUUAAAAAAAGGCUCCAAAGGCUGCCAUAAUUCACUCUACUCAUUUUACGCUGCCUUUUAUUUCUCUAUAUAAGUAAAACGGUGCCAUUACAGAUUGAGCGCGACAAUGCGUGAGUGGGUGGUGCAGCGCAUGCAUUAAUUGCGUUAAAUAUUUUAACGUGAUACAUUUUUUAAAAAUUAAUUACCGCCGUUAUCGGGAUAAAUUUGAUAACCCUACCUUAAGCCUAAACUAAAGUCUCUGGAUGAGUGUAACAUAUUAUGUCUGUAAUAUUAAAUACAAUUAGAAAACGAUUUAAUUUUAAAAAAUAUAUAUAUAUAUUGAAAAAAGGCAUGGCCGAUAUUUUUUUGCCGAUUCCGAUACUUUGAAAAUGACGUGAUCGGACCCGAUCGAUCGGGACAUCUCUAGUUACUGUUCUAGUUGUUUCAUUAAUUGCUAGUUAUGUGAUUGAUUGAUGAUUUUACGACACUGCACAGGUGUGCACUGGUCCGCAUAGGAAACGCAGCACUGAUCCUCAUGGGAAACGUACUCUUCCGUAAGUCAAAACACUACCGCGUUUGUCCACCGGCGUCGCUAAAAUCGACCAAAACUGAAAACCUACCACGUGUUGCUUUAACACAGGGCAAUGAAAACUGCGCAGUGGACUGCAGUAGGCCCGCAGCCCAUAGUUUGGACACCCCUGGUUGAAUUUGGAGGAAUAAAGGAAAAGCACAGACAAGCAAAGUACAGUGGUACCUCGACAUACAAAUUUAUUUCUCCCUAGGACCUGGUUUGAAGGUCGAAAUGGUCGAGAUGGAUUCCCCCACAGGAAUACAUUAUAAUUCGAUUAAUUAGUUUCACAGCCCAAAAAUCUACGCUAUAUCCUCAAUAAAUACUCACUCUGGUGCGCUUCUUUGGCUUUGUGCCACUUUCCCUGCUUGCAUCCCAAACGUCCACCAUUGUCAACUUUCCACGCAUAUAUAUUUUUAACCCUUUAUUAACCAUCGACGGGACUGUGUGCUCGUCGAAGCAUUUACGUCAUUGAUGACGUUGACUAUUCAGGACAGCGUUAGUUGAGGUACCACUGUAUUGUUACUUAUUUGAACUCCACAUCAAGAUCAUGACUAUUUUUCUAUGAAUUAAAUUCCAUUGUGCAUUUUAGUUAUGUUGAUUAUGAAAAAUCCUGCAUUCAGUUUUAGUAAAAUACUUUGUUCUUUGAAUUAUUUUAUUUAUUUAGUUUUCGUUUAUUUUAUAUUUAGUUUUUAGUUGUUGUUUUUUUACAGUAAUUUGCUUUUCCAAAGAUGCAUAACUGAAAUUUUGUUAUUUUGGACUAAUUUACGCAGGACCUCAAAUUAGAAUGGGGAUGCUGGAUAGAAAAUUUUUAGCAACGCUAGCAAGUAUCACCUUCCAUAGAUGAUAAAGACUUGAGCGUAGUUAGUGUCAGAAAUAGUGGAGAGGAAAUACUGUAAUGGAAAGUCGGCACGUUUUUAAGACUGUAGCUUUUUUUGUUCAAUAAUGUGGUUGGGUCUUAUAUUACAUAAAGCCAAAGGUUUCAGUGAACACGUCAAUGUGUUUGUGUGCCAAGAAUCUUGAAUAGUAGAGGUGGGAAAGACUGCCAUAGUAAUUUGAGGAUUUGUUCAUUUAUUAGUUGAUUAUUCUGUCAAAUGAAAAUACUGUAUGGACAAACAAUUAAUUGAACAUGAAUAAGAAAAUUAGACGGAAUCCUUUACUAAGACAUGAACUCUUUCGGUGUCUUUCCUGUGAAUUUAAAUUAGUUUGUCACUAGUUGACGUCCAAUCCCUUUGCACUGGGAGGGAAUGAACAGUCAAUGGCAGCGAGUUAAUUAUAAAUUAACUGAACUAAUGCAUUUCCGUUCUGAGUAGCAAUGUGAUUCUAAUGGGGCUUUUUUUCCUAGUUAGCAGAAAUUUCCAAUAAAUCGUUAUAACAGAUGAUGCCUGUUGUUUAAAAAAAUGUUUAUUUUGUU